AUGGGGCACUUUACAUGNGACACCAAGGACAACGCCAACAAGCAGUUCGUGCACCCGUACAUCGUGUUCUUCCACCUGGUGUUCCGGUGCUCGGCGGUGGUGGUGUACAUGCUGUGCGAUUGGUUCUCCGACUCCUUUAUCGCCAGCUUCGUGCUAGUCGUGCUGCUGCUCUCCGCCGACUUCUGGACCGUCAAGAACAUCACGGGUCGACUGCUGGUGGGCCUUCGGUGGUGGAACUACGUGGAUGACGCCGGAAAGUCGCAUUGGGUAUUCGAAUCUAAACAGAGCCGAGUGAACGCCAACGAGUCGCGGCUGUUCUGGCUGGGGCUGGUGCUGUGCCCGCUGGUGUGGGCCCUCUUCUUCGUCGUCUGCCUCUUCCGCCUCAAGUUCGAGUGGAUGUUGCUGGUGCUGAUUGCCCUGACGCUAACAGGAGCGAACCUGUUAGGCUACAUCAAGUGCAAGUUCGGCGCCAAGGAGAACCUCAAGUCGGCCACCACGGACUUCGUGAAGAAGCAGCUGUUCCAGGGCGCUUCGUCGCUUUUCACGCAGCCAGCCCCGCCCACCACAGCCAAUACGGGCGUCAUAUAAGCUUGCCCCGCCCCCUUAUUAGAACAAGAGGAGACUUAAGGCUUCCACAGGCCAUAUCAGCAUGACACACCGGACGCAGGGCGAUAGUAGCGCGUUGAAAGCGGUUUUCGAAUACAUAUUUAAAUUUUUGACAACCGCCCGCGUUGAA